CACAGUGUCUCCAUGCUGCUGCUUGGGUUGAUUCUCAGUGCCACUGCAGUGUGUGGUGAAGAGGACCCAGACAGCCUGUACUGCCCCGAGCGCCAGCAGGCCUUUGACGGCUCCUGCUAUGAAUUUGUGCAACUGCAGCGCACCUUCCUCAGCGCUCAGGGCUGGUGUGAGCGUGGCGGCGGACGCCUGGCCUUCGUCCAGAACGACGAGACUCAGCAGUUCCUCCAGAGGCAUCUGCAGCCAGAGCACAACUGGUGGCUCGGUCUGGUGGCCUCCUUCAACGUCUCCCUGGACUUUAUGGAAGCUCCCUUGUCCUGGCUGGACGGCACCAACGUGAGUUACUCUAACUGGCUUGGUGAACCAGUAGCAGAUGCAGAGUGCGGCUACAUUUCAACAUCUGGAUUUCAAUGGGGGACGACCAGCAACUGCAGUCAGGGGUUCUACUUCAUCUGCCAGUUUGAGCUGGGGCAUUCCCUAGUCUGCACAGACUACAAUGUCACGCUGCAUUGUGGCCCAGGUCAUGCGAUAAAGAUAGAUCAUGGUUUCUAUGGCAGGAUGACCCCAUACUACUGCUUGGUCAACCAAUCUCUUUUUCCCACUCCCACACCAGUGCAGGAGUGCAGCUGGGUGGACAUGAGGGAUUUGGUAUCAGCUUUCUGUGACGGGCUUGAAGAUUGCGAGGUGCCUACAAAUAUAUCCUUUGGAAAACCAUGUCCAGUACUGGGAAGUUACCUGUCAAUAAAGUAUAACUGCACAAACGGAAUUUUGUUCCACAGAAAGACAGCAGAUAUUAACAAUGAAAUCAGCUGGGUUAUAGAUAUCAGCUGUGACGUCACUGUCCAGGAUCUGUGGCCUGCUGUGUUAACUCAUGUGUCACAGCUGCAGCAGAGCGGGCUCUUCUCAGCCACUGCGCUAGCACCAUUGUUCCUCUCUGUUUCCAACAGGCUGAACAGAGACUUGAAUGAUGAUCAGAGCAAGACUGUUAAGAAAAACCUACGGGAGAAGAUGUUGGCAGAUAUGUGUGCAGCUUUGACCUAUGGUGAGCCACUCGAGGUUCUUACGGAGGUUCAGAUGACUGCUAGCACUCUCCUGAGCCUUGUCACACAGGAAGAUGAAUUAACCCACAAUGCUCAGUUGCAGGCAUGUUGUGUUCUAUUGAGUCUUGGUAAUUCCCAAAUCUCCAUGUCAUCCAGCGGGGGAAAUGUCACUGUACAGAUGAUACAGGUAGCCACAAUAAUUGUUCAGGCUACCAGUAACAUUCUCACUUCAACCAAUAUUGAACAGGGUGACAUCUCCAGUCUAUUACUCAGCGUGCUUGACAAUGUACAGAGUGCCCUGCUGACGAAUAAAGAGCCAGGCCAGGAGCCUUUACUCCUCAGCUCUCCCUUAAUAAGUGUGUAUGUUAACAGGCUUUUAUCAGGUGAACUGUCCAAUCAGACCUUCAGUUUUAACAAUAGCAGCUCAGCUUCCUUCAUGCUCCCGCCUUUGAUUUCUAGUGUCCUGGCUUUACAGAAGAUAGUGGAUGUGCGAAUGCUGAGUUUUGGAAUAAACCCUUUCUCAUCAAACAAUGGUUUGCCCAUAAAUGGAACAGUGGGCUCUCUCUCUCUCACCAGAGAAAAUGGUUCAGUCAUCCCAGUGUCGAACCUGAAUGAGGAGAUUGAGGUUCUCUUACCAAAGGUGGAAGCUGUUCAGGUAAACAGUACAUAUCUGGACCUGGGAAACUACAGUACACUGGCGAUCAACAUGACCACUCAAAACACAUCUCUAGUUUUGAAGCUGAAACCCUCAGGCAAUAUAACUUUGCAGUUACAAUUGGGGUUUCAAAUGUAUCCAAAUGAUAGUAAUUACAAAGCCAAAAUGCAGCUCCCCCAAGCAGGGAUGUCAGCAGAGGAGAGGUACACAUGGGUUCUGGGCCCCAGGGAAAUGGCACUAGAAGGAGUUUACUAUCUUCUAGUGAGGCCAGUUGUUGGAGCAGGUGUGAACUCCUCAAAUGCUUCAGUGUCUGUCACAUCUAUCGCUGCCCAGUGCUUGUACUGGGAUGAAACUAAGACCAACUGGAGUGACUACGGCUGUAGAGUUGGUCUGCGCACCACAUCAUUGGUCACUCAGUGCUUGUGCACCCACCUGACCUUUUUUGGGAGCUCUUUCUUUGUCAUGCCCAACCGGGUGGAUGUGACCCGCACAGCUCAGCUUUUUGCCACGUUUGUCAACAACCCUGUGGUGGUGUGUUUUGUUGGUGCCAUCUUCCUGGUCUACAUUUUAGCAGUAAUAUGGGCACGCAGGAAAGACCUUCAGGACAAAAUAAAGGUAAAAGUCAUGGUACUAGAAGAUAACGAUCCACUCUCUGAAUAUCGCUACCUUUUGGCUGUCAGCACUGGGCAUCGCCAUGGAGCUUUUAGCUCAUCUCAGGUUACUGUGACUCUGAAAGGCACGGUCUGGGAGACCGAGCCGCAUCAUUUGACUGACCCAGACAAGCUGCUCUUCGAGAGGGGAGGUGUGGACAUGUUCCUCCUUACCACUCCUUUCUCUCUUGGAGAGCUCCAGAGCAUCAGGCUGUGGCAUGACAACUCUGGAAAACAUCCUUCUUGGUACAUUAGUAAGGUGAUGGUACAGGACUUGGAGACCGGACAGAAGUGGCACUUCUUGUGUAGUUCGUGGUUGGCCAUCGAUAUAGGAGAGUGCACACUGGACAAAGUGUUCCCUGCAGCAACAGAGAAGGACUUAAAAGGCUUUAGCAAUCUGUUCUUCAUGAAGACAGUAAAAGAUCUGUGUGAUGGCCACAUCUGGUAUUCUGUGGUUAGCCGGCCCCCAAGUAGUAAAUUCACUCGUGUGCAACGGGUUUCCUGCUGUUUCUCCCUGCUACUCUGCACCAUGCUGACUAGUAUCAUGUUCUGGGGUAUUCCAACUGACCCUUCUGAGCAGACCAUGGACAUGGGCAACAUCAAGUUCACCUGGCAACAGGUGAUGAUUGGAAUCCAGAGCUCCAUCAUCAUGUUCCCCAUCAACCUCCUCAUCGUGAGCAUCUUCAGAUUCACCCACCCUCGAAAGAAGAUCCAAGUGGAGACAGAAGAUAAAGAGCAUGAGCUUGAGUCUCCUCAGCAGGAAAAAAGUCACUCGGAUGGCUUCCCACAAUGUUGUUGGCAGACAGACCUUACCAUACAGCUUAUCAUCAGAGACUUAAAAAGAAUAGUCCGCUCACUCGCUAAGGCAGUGAGGAGGCCCAUUCCAGAGGCAGUGCUGGGAUCGGACAAAACAGACAUCAGCACCCUGUUGUCUCUCAUGGAAGAUAUCAUUCGGCAGAAGGACUUCUCUUCUGGCAGGUUUUGGGUUGAAGAGACCCAAAAUGAAUGCUUUUCAUUGUACAGUGUUUACCGACCUUAUCUCUACAAGCAGCUCCAAAAUGUGGAAAAAGAACUGAGGCUACUGGGUCCUUCACGAUUCUCCAGUCCAGAGUGCUACAGUCAGGCCAUGCAGCAGGUUCAGGGUAUGAAGGGACUUCUAGAGCCCCACCUCUCCUCGAGCUCCAUGGGAGACCAGUUUGCUUGCAGCUCCAGCACGUCAGAGGACAGCAGAGGAUGCAGGAAGAGGUGCUGUCAGAAAGGCCUGCCCUGGUGGUUUGUGUUUGUGGGCUGGUUUCUUGUUGUAGCCACUAGUGGAGUGUCUGCAUACUUCACCAUGAUGUAUGGGCUGAAUUAUGGGAAAGAUCGCUCCAUUAGCUGGCUCAUUUCGAUAAUGGUGUCUUUCUUUGAGAGUCUUCUCAUCACUCAGCCUGUAAAAGUACUUGGAUUUGCAAUCUUUUUUGCUUUAGUGGUGAAGGCUGUUGAUAAUGAAGAUGAUAAUGAUUAUAUUGCCAUAGCGACAGACAAGGAACUGACUUACUCAGGUGACCCAGGUGACGUGCGCAUUUCAAGAAGGGACAGUACAUGCGGCUUCUACCAGCCUCCUCCCCCUUCUGAUGUCGAAAAGAUGAAGGACAACGUGAUCAAAGAAAAGAAAGCUUUUGCACUAAUCAGGGAGAUUCUCAUUUAUGUGGGGUUUCUGUGUGUGUUACACAUCGCCACGUAUGGUGAGCAUGAUCCAAAUGCUUACUUCCUCACUCAGCAUAUUAAGCAGAGCUUCAGCAAUGGCAUCUCUGACAGCAUGAGCCUCAAAGAUGUGUUUACCUGGGCAAACUCCAAUCUCCUCAACAACCUCUUUGGGCAGCGUCCAGGGUUCAUCACCGAUGGGAACUCGAAGCUGUUGGGCAGUGCUCGUCUCCGCCAGGUUAGAGUGCAGAAGGGCUCCUGCCAGGUUGCCGGCUCCAUGCGUAGCUCUGUUCCUGGUUGCAGUGCUCCAUACUCUUGGGAGGUGGAAGACAUGGGCUCCUAUGGCCCAGGCUGGAACCACUCCAUACAGAUCAAUGGGUCUGAGCGCUGGCUCACACCAUGGCAGUACCAAACCCAGUCUAUUCUCAGGGCUCAUCCUGUCUGGGGGAGUGCAGCUAUGUACAGAGGUGGAGGCUUUGUGGUUGAACUAGGUCUGGACCAGCAAAAUGCAAGCAGUGUGCUGCAGCACCUUUCUGACAACAUGUGGUUGGAUGUCUACACACGAGCAGUCUUUGUGGAGUUCACAGUAUACAACGCUAAUGUCAAUCUGUUUUCUAUUGUGACACUGAUGUUGGAGACCACUGCAGUAGGAGCAUUUCAGUAUCGUAGCGAACUGCAGAAUGUUCGUCUUUAUCAGACGAUAGAUGGCAGUUAUGUACUGGUGUCUGAGAUUAUUUAUUUCCUUUUCAUUCUCUACUAUAUGUUUUUGCAGUGCAAGCACCUGAAGCAACAGAAAUUGAACUACUUCAAGAGCAAAUGGGAUCUUCUAGAACUGACCAUCAUUCUUUUAAGUUGGAGUGCCUUGUCCAUGUUCAUCAAGAGGGCAGUACAGGGAGAGCAGGAACUGAAGUAUUACCAGGGCCACAAAGACCAGUUCCCGAGCUUCUAUGAAACUGCUGCAGCAGAUGCAGUCCUGGGGUAUAUCAUAGCAUUCAUUGUUUUGCUGGCCAGCAUAAAAAUGUGGCAUCUGCUGCGCUUCCACCUCAAACUGAAGAGGUUCACUUCUACACUGCAGCAGGCAUGGAAAGACAUCGCCAGUGUCUUUGUAAUAAUAACAGUCAUGCUACUGGCCUACUCCACUACUUCUAAUUUACUGUUUGGUUGGAAGCUGUAUACAUACAAGACUCUUAUAGAUGCGACUAUGGCUAUGGUUGGCUUGCAGCUUGGAUUGUUCAAUUACAAUGAGGUUUUGGAGUUGAGCCCAGUGCUUGGUGCUUUCAUCAUUGUCUCUUGUGUAACCUUUAUGAUGUUUAUUGUGCUGAACAUUUUCAUCUCAGUCAUCCUUAAAGCCUUCAGGCUAGAACGACAGAAGCCUGAGGCUUCUGAAGAGGAGGAAGUUGUGGACUUGAUGCUACACAAGAUCUGCAGCUUCUUUGGGAUCAAGACUCAGAAGAACUGAUAACAAGAACCAAGUAAACACACCUAGCCCUGUGUUACAUGAUCAAGAUACAUUUCUACUCUUUGUUCUUAAGUGAAAUAGGAUUUUAUGUAGCCUUAGGGACUAAGCAGUUAAUGCUGAUAAUCUGAAUUGAGAUGCACUCUGUUGCAUUACUAUUCUCACACAUUUCCAAAUAACAGGCUGUACUGGGAAAGGUUUGUCUUUAAUUUCUACAAAUAAAAUGCAAGUGGAAAGGAAAAGCAAACAAUUGAAUUACAUGGUAGACUUGUGACUGUUUUUUGCAUUUCUUGGAAAUGUAUUUCUAACUAACAGCUAAAACAAAGGUUCUUUAGGGGUAAAUUAUGAGAGAUGUUUAGUAAAUGUGUUCUUAGCAAAACUGCAUGUUUGUCAUCAUGUAGUGAACAAAAAUGGUCUGAAUCCACCAAUAAAAAAAAAUGUAAAAUUUAAAAAAAAAAAAA